CUUUACGCGACUAGAGACGUUAGGCGCGCUUUAUCCUGGAAAAUUCAAAAGGGUCAAAAUGGACUUGAUGAGAUAAUGGAUCAUAAGGGGAAUGUAAACAGACUGGCUUUCUUUGAACACAACAAUGUAUCAUCCACCAGAAGACUAUUUCACUGUUCCUCAUGUCCCUAAACCUGGUGACAUGAUUACACCAGUCAAAACGAUGCAUAAAACAGGUCACAAUUGGGCUCCCAGUGUAACUGGGUCAGGCAGAAAACUUUCAAACAGAGACAUUGUGAUGAACUCCACAGCACAGUGUGCCGAAGAACACAGCCCAAAUAUCCCCUGUGAACUCAGCACCAUCAAUGCCACUGCAGAGGUUGCCCUUGCCAACGCUGACCUGAUGCUGAAAAGGGUCACUGAGACGCCAGCAAAGAUUUUUGCAAGAAUGAAGGCAAAAGUUCAAAGGCAAAAUUCUGUGGGAAAGGAGGUUGCCUCUGAGCCUGUAAGAAACAAAGAGAAGUGUAACAGUGUCCCUUUGAGUUCCAAGAUCCAGUACUCACAAAAGAGUAACCCCAACCAGGAGACAUAUGUUUUAGCCCUCUCUCCUCCACAAUCACAGAGAGAAGAUCCACAGGAUGGAGAGAUGGACUUUCCAAAAGAGAACCAUCCCAUCAAUGUCGAGAUAGUGCCUGGCAGGCCAAAUGAAACCUUUAAUACAGAGUCAUUUAUUGAACCGUAUGUUUUGCUGGAGAAGAUACCCGAGGGGGUGUUUCCUGAGAUGAAGGCAAAGCGGAAGCAAUUUCCAGAGAUAAAUCUUUUCGACAAAAACAGACAGCCUCCUGUGUUGGAGAGUGUGCUUUCUGGUGAGAAAUUAGCUCAAAUUCAGCGGAAACCUAUCAGUUAUUGCAGCGGUUCAAAGGACGUCAAAAAUAGAGGUGGUUGUGUUGUAUUUGGUGAGAGAAGCACUUUGACUGAUUCGGCAGAAAAAGACAACACAGAAGAGGGCUCAAAAAUGGACGUUUCCAGUAGUCCUGGGUCUUAUACACUUUGCCAAUCAGAGUCUCAGUCAGAGUGCACAGAACUGGUCCCAGGACCUCCUCAACCCCCUCAUAAUCUGCUAGAGGAUCCUCUCCUGCAGCUCUCUCCACGUGUCUUGAUCCCACGAAAGCAAGCGUCCGUGUUUCAGUCUAAACAUCAAGGUAGACAAAUGGAUUCAGAUGAAGGAACCGAUGUGAGAGGGAUUCAUUUGAAAGACUGGGUUUUGAAACUGCUCAACAAAGACCUUGUGGUUGACGGUAUUCGCAUAGACACUAAGAUACCCUGGCACAGCAGUUUUAUCACUGAAAGAAUCUCAAGUAAUGUGCUUAAGACCACAUCGGGCAGAACAUAUGUGCUUAUUGGGAGAAUGGCCAAACAUCCCAAACCAUCAUUUCCAUCCUGGUUUUUAAAGAAGUUUCUUUUUGGGUUUCCACAAAUGUGGAAGGAGUACCUGGGUCAGUUUUUGAUUGAGCAUGCUGGAUCCCAGAAAACUCAGAAAGACGACAACAGUGUGAAACCGUCCAAAGCCAAAAAUCAACAGGCCUCUAAAAAGUCAACAUCCAAACAACCCAGGCUUCAAGUCAUUACAACAUCUCCAAUUACUCCCACUGACAGCAUCCUACAGGGCAGUGCAAAAGUGUCACGCAGCGGCCGACUCCUCAAACCUCCUUUGGAAUAUUGGAAAGGAGGGAGGAUUGUUAUGGACUCUGACAUGAAUGUCACCAUCCACGAAGACUACGCUACCUCAGUGGCAUCCACGCCCAAGAAGCCAGUAACUAUGGCAACAGCACAAAUCACAAAGGAUCAACCAACCGUGCCUGAAACUCUGGGAAGAGGGAGGCAUAACACAUCUAGCAGUGAAGAUGAAUUGUCAGUACCGAGGAGGAAGAUAAAGCAGCAUUCCAAAUCCCAAAGGAGGGACCCAUCUCAGAGCAAUCCACCUCCAACAGAGAGCACCACUGCACCAUAUAAUUCUGCAAGAGGUCAGAAAGCAUCCACAGUGGUGGCUUCUAGCUCUAACUUAGGCCGUGCAGCAAAACAGAAAGCUGUUGAACAUAGUCGGCCUCAAAGAACCUCACUCAAGAAACAUCAGUCAAGUUCUAUAGAGGAAAACCCAGCAUGUUCGGGGUCAGAAAUGACUGAGAAGUACAUUAAAGCUGUUUCAGUCAAUGCUACAUCUGACCAACAUUCUCAUUGCCCACCUGUACAUGGAAUGUCCUCUGAUGAGCAGGAUACAGGCAUUGAGAAUGAUCAGAGGACAGUGCGCAACAGCAAGUCCUCCCAAAAACGAAGUCAGAGUGAACUGCGCUCCAUGCCACAUUUUGACUCCGACAACAGUUCCUUGCGACGAAGUUCUCGCAUAUGCUCCAGAGUACAGUACUCCACAGACUCAAACAGCUCUUUUGCAUCUCCAGACCCUCCAAAAAUGUGUACCGGAAGAGGCUCCAUUGACCAUAAAUGGCUAACAAAACCUAAAAAAAAUGUGCCGCAGAAUUCUACCAGUCACAAGGAACAAAAUAAACAAGAUGUAGUUAAAGUUUCACGUAGAACAAAAAAGAUUAAUCAGAAGUAUUCCGAUUAUUUUUUGGUCAGAGAUUCUGUUGAUUUGCCCUCUGAUAAUGAUGGAGAGAGAGAAAAGCAAGACAAGAGGGCCAUAUUGAAGAAAACAAGGCAAAAGAAAGGUUCAGGUAAAUCCAAACUCAAAACAAAUGGACACUUGGUUUCCUCACUGGACAUGCAUUCUGAGCAGUCAGAAGAUGUGGAAAGUGUUCAUCAUAAUGUUCCAAAUAACAGAAGAUCAAAGAAAUCUGACACAGAAAAAGCAAGCACCAGAUGCAAAAAGCCACACACAGAAAUCAGCAAUGUGAAUGAAGAUGAUGCAUUGGAUGGAAAAUGGGUGGAAGAAGAGCUACAGAAACUACAAGAGGCUGUGAAUUCAUUACCUAAGCACAAGAGUGGUUACUGGGUAAAUGUUGCCUAUUUUGUUGGCACCCGUUCAGCGGAAGAGUGUCAGGAACAGUAUAAUGCCCAGCUGAAUACAAACAGAAGACCCAGAAAAAAACCACAGAAGAAACCAACUACAACUGAGGAACCAGGAAAGGAAGUUGUUGAAAUAACUGCUAGAGCAGGAACGCUUAAAAGGAGACAUCAGAUGAGAUAUUUUUUGGAUCACAUGCCCAAAGAUGACCAUGAUGACGUCUUUGCCAGCUCACCUAUGCAGAAUAAACAAAUCAAGCUGCCAGUAAUGUCUGCAAAUGGAGAAGAAGAAGAUUUCAGCCAGCUUCAGGACCCCCAGACACCGAAUUCUAGCAUAAUUUCUGCUGUGAAGACCCCUCAGUGUCUGCACAUCAGCCCAGGAAUGCUGGGAUCCAUUAAUAGAAACAACAUGGACAAGUACAUUUUCCAUCUCCAGAAUAAACGAAAAGGACGGAAACAGGGCAAAAAAGCUGCACCAAUGGACAAGCUUUCACCAACUCCAGCAGUCAAGAAGACCCUAAAGAGAUGUGUUGCUGAAGAUGAUGACUUUGUUGUCUGGAAUAUGCUCUCAGAUAAGGAAGCUCAUUUGAGAGGUGAUGACAGUGAUGAGGAGGAUGAUUACUUUAUGGAAUAUUGCUGAGUUUCACUAUUAUUGUUCAUUAUUUGUAAAAUGUGUCUUUAAUCAGCUAGUUUCCUUAUGAUGAGACUGAUUUAUCAGUACAGUGUUGGCCAUCACUUAUUUUUUACAAUAUUUUAGCAUCUACCAAGCAUCCAGUUGUUUUUAAGUGCUAUUUGGGUUGUGGUAAAAGAUCUCAACUCCAGAAUGAAUGCCAACUUUCUGGAGCAAGCAAGUCAGCUCAAAUUAUGAAUUUUUUUUACAUGUAAAAUUUCCUUUUUUUAAAAAUUGGUUCUUCAGCAAUGCAGAUUUUCAGAGUGUUUUUUUUUUUUUUUUUUUUUUGUGGAGUUGAGUUCAUAUUCUGAGUGGAUGUUAUGUCAUCAAAUUGUAAUUAAUGAAAAUAAACUCAGUAUAAAAAGUUUUGAUGCAAAAGAGACAAUAUGUUCUAACUAAUUACUGUGGGGUAAAAGAAAUAAGUUGCUUUAACAGCUUAAAAUGCAAAAUUUUAAAUAAUUUUAUUUGAUUGCGUUGUAAAUAAAUAUAUAAGCAAAUACAAUGUAUGAACAAAUUAAAAAGUCUUUGUCCACCAUUUGUAGUUUAGUAAAUUUUGGGACAAAAAGGCAGAAAUCCUGAGCUAUCAAUAAAUUUAUGUCAGUUGUGCACUAUAGCUGUUUAGUUUUAUUUUUUCUUUAUUUUACAGCCAUUAUUUUUAUUGGAAAUACAUUUUUGGAAAAUGUUCCUAGUGGCCUUUAUUUUUCUUUUGUGUACAGGGUUUUAGCAGUGCUAAAGGACAUUAACAAUUAAAGCCUUUAAACUCUGGUAAGAAUGAACAAAAUUAUAGACAAGCUGGGCUUCUCUGGGAAACUAGAACUAGGUGAUAAAGAAUAACAGAAGGCCUAAUCUAUUACAGUGCUGUGAAAAAGUAUUUGACCCCAUCCUGAUUUCUUCUGUUUUUGUGUAUCUCAUACUAAAUUGUUUCAAAAAUUCUAACAAAUGUAACACAAAACAAAGGCAGUCCGAUUAAACACA